UGACGGUUGGCCGGAGCUCGAGGCGGAGCUGGGUCCGAGUUUGAGUCAGAGCGCGAGGUUGUGUGAGGGGGGCGGGGGGACGGACCGAACCGAUGGGCUCAGCGGGAUAACAGCCAUUAAUACUGGGAAAGAGGCGUGUAAUGCCGGCGCAAAGAGAAGGGGAGAUGCCGAGAGAGGAAUGACAGACACUGAUUAUUAGAUGUGACCCCCCCUCCUCCCCACCUCCCUCCCUCCGCAUAAAUCGCUAUAAUUUACACUCGUUGAGGGGGGCAGCGCCUCCAUUUCCAUGACAAACAUGGCGGCCGGCAGCAGCAGCAGCGGCAGCCGAGUCGGCUUCUUCCUGGGCGCUUGCUGCUGCUGCCUGCUGCUGCGGGGCUGCGAGGCGACGGCGGAGGGGGAGGAAGCCGGUACGGUCAUCAUCGGCCUGAGGCUGGAGGACACGGACGACGUGACGAGCAUGGGAGGAGGCGUGGUGCGGGUGAGCGAACGCACCCGGGUCCGGCUUCGGCUCUACGGCCGCCACAUCGACAACAGCACCUGGAGUCGCAUCGGUUUCACCGAGCACCGGCGCACGGCGGCCGACCGCGACUUCGACCCGUGCGGUGUCCGCACCUCGGACAUCGUGGUGCUGCCCGGCGUGGCGGUCAGCCGCCGCAGCACGGGGGUCAUCGAGAUGGACAUCAAGCCGCUGCGGAAGACGGAGAAGACCAAAUCUUAUUACCUGUGCACGGCGAACGGCCGGGCUCCCGAGCCGGCAGACUGGCUCUAUCACGACGCCGAAGACACCAUGGUGAUGGUGGUGGAGGAACGGAAAUUUUUGCUGCCUUUCUGGCUGCAGGUCAUCUUCAUCUCGCUGCUGCUCUGCCUGUCGGGCAUGUUCAGUGGCCUCAACCUGGGCCUGAUGGCGCUCGACCCCAUGGAGCUGCGCAUCGUGCAGAACUGCGGCACGGACAAGGAGAAGAAUUACGCCAAGCGCAUUGAGCCGGUGCGGCGACAGGGCAACUACCUGCUCUGUUCGCUGCUGCUGGGCAACGUGCUGGUGAAUACCACCCUCACCAUCUUGCUGGACGACAUCGCCGGUUCGGGCGUGGUGGCCGUGGCCAUGUCCACCGUGGGCAUCGUUAUCUUCGGAGAAAUCGUGCCUCAGGCUAUCUGCUCCCGCCACGGCCUGGCAGUGGGCUCCAACACCAUCGUCCUAACUAAGUUUUUCAUGCUGCUCACCUUCCCCGCCUCGUACCCGGUCAGUCGGCUGCUCGACGUGAUCCUGGGCCAGGAGAUCGGCACCGUGUACAACCGCGAAAAGCUGCUGGAGAUGCUGCGGGUCACCGACCCUUACAAUGACCUGGUCAAAGAGGAGCUCAACAUCAUACAGGGCGCUCUGGAGCUCAGGACUAAGACGGUGGAGGACGUGAUGACUCCUCUGCGGGACUGCUUCAUGAUCGCUUGCGAGGCGAUCUUGGAUUUCAGCACUAUGUCAGAGAUCAUGGAGAGCGGUUACACCAGGAUCCCGGUCUACGAGGGCGAGCAGUCCAACAUCGUUGACCUGCUUUUUGUCAAGGACCUGGCCUUCGUGGACCCCGAUGACUGCACUCCUUUGAAGACCAUCACCAAAUUUUACAACCACCCCUUGCAUUUUGUCUUUAACGACACCAAGCUGGAUGCAAUGUUGGAAGAAUUUAAAAAAGGUAAAUCCCACCUGGCAAUAGUACAGAGAGUGAACAAUGAAGGGGAAGGAGAUCCAUUUUAUGAGGUGCUUGGUAUCGUCACGCUCGAGGAUGUAAUUGAAGAAAUAAUCAAAUCCGAGAUCUUGGAUGAAACUGAUUUAUAUACUGAUAACAGAACCAAAAAGAAAAUUACCCAUCGUGAAAGGAAACAGGAUUUCUCUGCCUUCAAACCAACAGAUAGUGAGAUGAAAGUUAAGAUCUCGCCACAGCUGCUAUUGGCAACACAUCGUUUCCUAGCAACAGAAGUGGAACCAUUUGGUCCAAUGCAGAUGUCAGAGAAGAUCUUGUUGAGGCUGCUAAAACAUCCGAAUGUCAUUCAGGAAAUGAAAUUUGAUGAUAGGAAUAAAAAAGCCCCAGAACAUUACCUCUUCCAUCGGAAUAAACCUGUAGACUAUUUUAUUCUAGUUUUGCAGGGGAAAGUGGAGGUGGAAGCUGGGAAAGAAGUAAUGAAGUUCGAAGCAGGAGCUUUCUCUUACUAUGGCAUGAUGGCUCUCGCGUCCUCUCCAGAUAAUCGGUCUCCACCUCGAACAUGUGGUUUAAACCAUUCUGAUUCAUUGAACCGGGGCGAUCGAAUUGAUUCAACAGCAUCACAGAUGGGGAGCAACAACAGUCAACUAAAUUCAUUGCUUCAAAUGUAUGUUCCAGACUACUCUGUGCGUGCUCUAACUGACUUACAGUUUGUAAAGAUUACAAGACAGCAUUAUCAGAAUGCCCUGAUGGCAUCCAUAAUGGAUAAAACACCACAGUCAUCAGACAGUGAAAACACUAAAAUUGAAUUGACUUUAAAUGCGAUGCAUGAUCACUUACCGGAUGAAACGGCAAAUCUACUAAAUGAACAGAACUGUGUGACUCACAAGUCGAAUCAUAGCAUGCACAGUGAAGGCAAAAUCUAGAACAGCAGCGGAGAUGCUCACUCGCUUAUUUUUCUGAAAACUGCUGUAUUGUGUAUGCAGGCACAUACAAGCACACAUGUCCACUGUCAUGAGACCAAAGAGCUGUGCCUCGGCACAAGAAGGUGUACAAAGAAUGACAGAGGUGGUUGAAUUGAACACUAAACAACUGCCAAGAUUCAGACACAUCCUCUGCACACUGGUGGCUUGUUAUCCUUCUUUAUUUCUGUGUUUUCAUUUGUUUUCCUUGCACAGGAGGAGAAUGGUAAAAUGUUGGAAAAGUAGCGUGCGGGCCACAUUCUGGCUGAGAAAUGUGUAGUUUUAUAAUGACGACCUAUUGAGAUUAACUGAGACUGUAAAAAUUUGUUUUAAAUUAUGGUGUGUGAUUUACGAUCGUCAUUGCAGGCGGAUGUUCGAAAUUUUGAAAAUGCGUCCAUUUCUCCAGCUUAAUUUAGUAGGUAUUUGACGUUUUCAACACCCAUUGCAUUAGAUGGGGUGUUCUUGCAUAUUUUAUCCCAAAAGAGUUGGGGUUGCUGGGCAUUUAAAUUAUAACUUGAAUAUGGAAACUUGAUUCCACAUUUGCACAAAACGUCAUUGACUUAAUUGAUUUCAACACAUGUAUGCAAACUGUGAAUAACACUCCAAUAUAUAUGAACUCUAGAACGCCUUUGGAAGAUAUAGCAAUGUCUACAUAGCAGGUAAAUAUGCCAAAUCCACCAAUGGACGAAUGUAUAAAAGGGUGUUUCAAAUUGAGAAACACAGCUGUAACUGUAAGUGUUCUUAUGGCAGACUGACUAUCACUACAUAUUGUUUAAUCAAUCAACAUUGCAAGUAAAUUGCAGUUUGUAUUAUAUUGUACAAAACUGACUCUGAGGUGAAGUAUUCUGACUACAGUAUUCAUAACUAUGUAUAUAUUAAGCACAAAAAAAUCUAUGGAUGAAGUGUAAGUUUCAUAAGAUUGUCAGUUAAAUGACAUUUAUAAUUAACAAUGGUAAAGACUUUGUAGAUUUACAGACUAUUUAUUUUGUAUAUGAUUUAUUUGUAUAUUUUGUGAUUUCAUUGUGUGUUUUGUUUUCUGAUUCUAUCAUUCCAUUUGGUUAAAAUGGUUUAUUCUAAAUGGCUUUUCAUUCCAUUUUGUCCUGUGUUAUUUCUCAAUUCGGUUUGAAUUUCGGUUUUGUUCUUUCAAAUCGAGUGCCUCUUCACUCUUUCUGUUGUGGUUUCCUUUGACCAGAUACUACCUGGUGCAAUCAUUAAUGGGGCAAAUUAUGGAAAUGGAAAAAUGGCCUGGACUUGGUUAAUGGAGCUUCUCAUUUUAUACUUCGAAAGUGAAUAAGUUUAAUAAAGAAAUUAUUCAUAAUUAAAUGGGCACUGAUUUAUUAUCAGGGCAUGCUUGUGACCACCAAUCUUACAUCUAGGACAGCAACUAAGCAAGGGAAUAUUGCACUUCAUCCAUAUAUCCAUGGAGAACAGUGGACUCUUCAAAUUUAGACAUUAUUCAAGGUCUUUCUCUGAGAACAGCAGUGAGCAAUGUCCUUUGGCUAGUGUGAUUGGUAAAUUGAACCCAACUUGGGCAAAAUAUGACAGGCAUGCAGUUAGAAUCGCUAGGCUGAAAUAUCUAAAUAUUUUUUUACAGUUGAACUGCCUGACAGGCAGGCAUGCACCAUAUGUAGUAGUUUAGUCCCAGUGGCAAUUGCACAGGUUACGGGACAUGGUGCCUUACCCUGUAAACAUAGUGGAGGUACCAUGAGAAUUGGAAAGAUCAACUCCUGAUGAGAAGAUCUGAGGGGGACCUGGUGCCAGUAGUGGAACCUAUAUUCCAUUAAUACAAAUAGAAAUGCAAGGGGGUCUGAUAUGGUCACGAGAUAUACUUGCUUGACCUUCCUUUCAGUGCGUGAUAUUAGAUCCCUGGGCAUUAAAGGCUAAAGUGCUCCCUUCGGACCGGUGAGGGAUAGUUAAUUGUGGUAUAUUACUAGAGAACAGCUUUUACUCAGAAGUUACCUUUUAUUCAACAGCAGACUUGAGGAUGCAAAGCUCUACGUGAAGAGGGAAAUCGGUACCAGAAAGGCCCAAAUUGUCUGGCCUUCCUCCAGGAAAGUGGACAUCACCAUAUUUACAUUCAGAAAGAGUCUGGUGGACAGCACGCUGCAGUGCUGAGGAUUCCCCUCCCUGUCUGGAGCACUGUUCAUAACAAUCUUCAAAUGUUUGUGUAACAAAACAGUCGCCUCUCAGGUUCCUAUUAAAUCUUUCCCAUCACCUUCAACCUAUGUCCUCUAGUUUUUGGUUCCCUACUCUGGGUAAAAGACUGCAUUUACCCAAUCUAUUCCUCUCAUUAUCUUAUAUCUCUAUAAGAUGAUCCCUACACACUCCAAGGAAUAAAGUUCUAGCCUGCUCAACCUCCCUGUAGCUCAGGCUCUCAAGUCCUGGCAAUGGCCUUGAAAAUCUGCACCCUUUCCAGCUUAACAUCUUUCCUAUAACAUGGUGAUCAAAACAAUACUCAAAAUGUGGCCUCACCAAUGUCUUGUGCAACUGUAACAUGAUCUCCCAACUUCUAUACUCAAUACUCUGACUGAUGAAGGCCAAUCUAUCUACCCGUUUUGCCACUUUCAAGGAACUAUGUACCUGCACUGUUGUUUUCUAAUGUAUCUGAAAGAAAAUCUUCCUGUAACAUUUUGUAUUGGACUGUGAUACAAAUGGCGAAGGAGAUGGACUCUGUAAUAAAUAUUUUAGCAGUAUGUGAAUGCAAUAACCAGUGUGGAAUUGCACUGUGUAAUAAAUGUUCCCUUGAUUACG